UCCAUAAAUCUCUUUCUUUAUUAUACUCGACUAAUUACAUUUUGCAUUCAGUUAGACAUUUAAUCGAAGGACCCGAUAAAAGUGCGACGUACGUACCCGAGUACGUAGUAUCGGGUAAGUGCGUGAUCGCAACACUUGGGGAUCAAAGACGAUUAUUUUGAGCGACAAACGUAAAACGACGCUGAUUUAUUUAUUUUGUCGAGUCGUUAUUUCCAGUCUAAAUACAGAUAUUUAGUAUUCGAGGUUGCGAUUAUUACGAAAGCUUUUGUGAUAAUAAUAAAUAAUUAAAUAACGAUAAAUAAUUCAAUAAUUCAGACAUUAAUAUUUCGCGGUAGUGGCUGAUAAACGUUCACGAUACAGUGAAACGAAGGGUGUAGGAAGGAACGCGCGGUCUGAUAUUCUAAAAUUGGUGAAGAGAAUGGAAGAAAAGCUACGCUCGUAAUUCCUCUCCCGUCAUUCGGUUGUAAUCCGUCGACGUGCGUGACAAGUAAUGCCACAAAGAGCUUUAUGUGCGUGCUACUAUUUUAAAAUCGAAAGCGGAUUACGUCCGUUCGUUGCAUCUCGACUCAAAGGGAGCCUGCGCGUUCGCGCGACUCGGAAAUCGCCGACAACGAAACUUUUUGCUUUGAUCUAACGCAAGGCGAUUUUGAGAUCGAGUUCAUUUCCCUUAUAAAUGUUUAAUGAGUGCAGUGGCUGGAAGAAAUGUUGGUCGAGAGUAUAUUUGUGUAACUUUUUAUUAGAAGAUUUGCUUUACUUUAUCGUCGGUGCUUUGUUAUAGGAUCACAGGUGCACUAGUGUAUCGUUUCAUUCGGAAAUAAAUUUUUAUUAAAAAUAAUAUUGUCCUUUAAACCGCCCUGUUUCUGUCCAGACAAAUCUGCCCCUUAGAAUAUGUUACUUUUUUUUUUCAAAUACUCUAAUAAAUAUCUACUUUCAAUUUGCGAUAUCGAUAAACAAGACGAAGAAAAAGCGAAAGGACAGGAAGAAACUCGAGCUUUUUGAUCCAAUAGCUUGAAUCAUUCUACGAAUCAUCUUACACACGUGUAUCGAAAUCGGCUGAUAUCAUGCAGAACCAGCUGACAGAAGCUUUUGUUCGCUUCCACGAACGACUACGAAGAUUUUGGAAAACAUGUGAUCGCGCAACCGAUCACUCUUUUCCAAUCCACGGCGCAAAAUUCACGAGUGAAGAGCAGCCUCUGGGCUCCAUGCGGAUUCUUUUAAUUCCCUGAGUUGUAUAUCGAUCCAAAGCACAGGUUAGCUUCACAAUGCACUCCGACGCCAAACGUUCUUCGAACGAUUUCUCGUUUUCUUGUCCAGGAAAAUUAGAUUCCUAGCAAGAUGGUGAAAACGAACGACGAGGGUCCCUUGUUCUUCAGGGACGGUAUAGUUUACCGAGAAUGGGGCUACCGUCUGUCAAGCCUCGAGAGAUACCCCCUUGCGGAGAUGUAUUUCGAGAAGGCGAUUCAACAGGGCCAGCAAAACGAUCUUAGGACAUACGUUGGCCUCGGAAAAGUGCAACUUAAUUACGCUAGGUUCCGCAGAGCGUUGAAAACCACCGAGAAAUGUCUCACAUUAGGUCAGAUAUUACGUUCUGAGAAAAUGUUCACGCAAUUAACUCGCUGUUUCCCGAGAUUGCUUUCAUUUCCAGAUCCGACCCAUUCCCAUGUGAAGCACAUGCAGUUGCAGACGCUAUUUCACAUCGGCGAAUUCGAACACAGUUUGGUACACGCCCAUCAGGGUUACCAGAAGUAUCCAACCACGUUCUUCCAGCAUGGGAUAUUGCGAGGUAACGAAACCAUCGAGGACUGUAUCGGCUUAGAUACCGAAUCCAUGGCACUCGAACUCCUCUCUCCGUGGAUACGAGAGCUGCAGGUAUAUCGAGAGUUGUUGAUCGAGAAACUUAAAGAGGAAGUGGACGAGCUUGCAGGUAAGGCUGAACGAUAUACGAUAGAUGUUCCUUUAGAAAUAGGAAAAGUAAACUACCCUCCUUUGUUUUUAAAAAAUAGCGAAAAUCGAGGAUUAUAUCGUUCUCUAGGCAUAGAAGAGGAACAAACAAAGUUCAAAGUGAAUUACCCUGAAGCUCGAGCGGAAGCCGAGUUCAGAAGGAUGCAGCGUAUCCUCGCGCACAUAUACCUUGGUUACCUGGCGCACGAUAACGAAUUUUUGCAACACUUGGCCGAACAUCCGGAAAAACUGGAAUCCCCGAAUAAAGAGACCAGCGUGUUGCUUCAUCAAGUGAUAUCGAGGAAUUACCGGAGAGGUAUCCGUAGGCAGAACGUGUUGCGAAUGCGACGACCACUUUACGUGAUGAUGUUCGAGAGUAGACGCAUACCUCCGGGUCACAAGAAGACAUUGGAAAAUGAGAAGAGGUUGAGGAGGAACCUUAUCAUUAUCCAGGCAGACUUCCUGUUGCAUCGCCUGCACGAAAUUAGAAUGCGAAAAGACUACAUCACCUUUUUUGGAAUGGUGGACCGUGUGAAAGACAAGUUCGAUUCGUACUCGCUGAAGAUGUUUCCUGUAAAGGAGAAGUGUCUGAACGCGCUCUACAACAUGGUCGCGUGGACCUAUAUAGACACCCGCGAUUUAUCAAAGAUAGAGAGUAAACAACUUAAGAGAACAUACUUGAAACAUCAUCUGGGAAUUCGAGUUGCUGAGCUACCACGCGACAGCGACAUUGGCUGGUUAAAAGCGACCGAUAGGAAAGAAACUCUCAAGAUGUAUCGCAGAAGGCUAGCCAUGGCCUCGGAACCUUCGGAGCUGGCUUGGCUGUUCCACGAGUUCUCGAAAUACUUGAUCGACAUCCGUCGUUACGAUCUGGCCAGAUUCUAUGGUAAAAAGGCUCGAGACAUGGGACAGGAAGCAGGCAACGAGCAGUGGAUGUUAAAUUCUCAACACCUCUUCAUUCGGAUCGAAAUCAGUCAAAAUUACCGCAACGAAGCGAAAGAAGCGGCUCUUCUGGCACUGUCCAGUGCUAAGAAGCUUGGCCUCGACUUCCUCAUCGACUUCUACAAAAACGCGAUCGAGGUGAUCGACGACAUGGACAUGGAGAAGUUGCUGGCGUUCGACGCGAUCGCAGCGAGGCAACAGCUGAUAUUAAAUUUAAUGCCAGACGAUAUGAAAACCGAGGUGGAUUUUCUUUGGAGGCGGAUGGACGCGGUUCCUGCGAGUCGUAGAUUGUCGGUGAUGCCUGGCUGCAAGCCCGUGGAUCGCAAGUUCAAGUUGCCCUGCAAGAGGAUGACCAUAUUGCCUAGUCCACCGCGAGACCCCGAGAAAGAGGCCAGGAAAGCUCUACUGGCGCAAUACGAAUCCUCCAAAGACAGACCUAACUUCGCGGUCUUCGAUGAAUAUGAAUAACGUUUAGAGUCUGGAGUCUCGCGAAUGUCGAUUCUGUUCGUCCGGUUGACCGUGUCACCAGGUUCGCGAGUACGAAGCAUACCCUGGUCGGUGAACGAGAACCACAGCUUUGUCGAAGUGCUACAAGUUAUACAAGGACGGACUUAACGUCGUGUACUUUGAUGAAUAUGAAUGGCAAUGAUGAAGCGUAAAGUUACGAGUAUAGGUACUAAGUUUCGUUGAUCUCCGAUAAGAUUUUGAGGACUUUGAGAAGUUGAAACUGUUAUCCUUGACAAGUGAGAAGCGUAUACUUGUUAUAAACUUUUGGACCAAGGUCGGGCCAGCCUUCGUUGCACGCGGCUGGUUUCGAACUAUAAAGCCUCGGGGAUAGAUAUGAAAUUUCGAUACGUGUUUAGGAAGCCAGAGUUUAAGGAAGUCGAAGGGGUUGGAACCGUCGUCGAAUCGAUAAAUGAAAAAUGAGGAUAUUCCUGCCUGUACGAAAGAGAGAAUGGGGAAUUUCUUUGGAUUUUUUCACAGUCGAAUCUACGAUUAAAGCUUCAGAACUUGGAAAGAGAAUGGCGUUUAGCGUUCGAGUGAAUUUUUCUCGGUUCUUUAAGGAAUAAUCUCAGACGUUUUGGCGGUGCCGCAGUGUCGAUCUUCUCGAGAAUGGUUCUUUGAAAGCGGAAUGAGUAUGACAUAGCGCCGUAUUCGCUAGUCUGUAACGCUUUAUCUCCGCCUUUAGGUUUGCCCCGGUGAAAAAGAUAGAAUUGAUGGUAGCUGGAUUUUCCGCGCAGACUCUGGAAAAUUGCGCCAGCUAAUAGGAUAAGUUCUCUCGUUGUCUGCUUGCGCUCUGUUAAAUGGAUAGUUCAAGUUCCUCUGUUGAA